AUGGCCACUAGCAGCUGUGUAAGCGAAGUGUGCUCCUGGAGCGAAUGGUUCGACGUCGACUUCCCCUCCUCGGGGCCCAGCCAGGGAGACUUUGAAACCUACCAGCACAUCCGUGCUGCCGGCAAGGAAGUCUGUCAAUAUCCAAAGGAAAUCGAGUGUCAGGCCGAGGACUAUCCCGAUGUUCCCAUCCAACACGUGGGACAGGUCGUGCAGUGCGAUGUCCACUUUGGACUGGUGUGCAAGAACAAAGACCAGACGGGCAAUUUUAAGAUGUGCCUCAACUACAGGAUCCGCGUCCUCUGCUGCAGCCCUAACCCCAACUGCCCAACAUCCACACCUUUGCUCACUACUAGCCUUACCACCAGUACUCCCCCACCUUUAUCUACACCGUGUUUCUGUAAAAUUGGGGACUCUAUUUUUUCACCUGGUGAUUUGAUUUACAACAGACUAGAUAGUGAUGGAUGUAGAUUUUAUGCCGUCUGUAGUCCAACAUGUACAGUUGAACGACACACUGGACAUUGUAACAUUACUACUCCUCCUACUACUAUUUCUCCUGAAUCGUCUACCACAUCUACAUCAGUUCCUUUGCCUACCACUUCCACAAAUCUUCCUAUUUACGGUUGUGUUUCUGCUACUUACCCUCCCCUACAGCCUGGACAAAGAUACAAAUUAUCCAACUGUACAGAACUCAUCUGUAAGGGAGACAACAAGGUAGAAGUAAUUCCAACGCACUGCCCACCUGUAAAGGAAAUUACCUGUGCAAACAAAUAUCCAGCAAUACUGGUACCUGAUGAAAAUGGCUGCUGUUACCAUUAUGAGUGUCAGUGUGUGUGCAGUGGAUGGGGUGAUCCUCAUUAUAUUACUUUUGAUGGAACCUACUAUACUUUCCUUGAAAACUGCACUUAUGUCCUGAUGAAACAGAUUGUACCUAAAUAUGACAACUUCCGUGUUUACAUUGACAAUUAUUACUGCGAUUCAGAAGAUGGACUUUCCUGCCCUAAAUCCAUUAUUAUUUUCUACAAAUCUGCAAAAGUCGUGCUGACCCGUAAACUCAUGAAUGGUGUGAUGACCAACGUGAUGUACUUCAACAAUAAGAUUGUCAAACCAGGCUUCAAAAGAGAUGGCAUUUCCUUCUCCACACUUGGCAUCAACAUGAUUGUUGAAAUACCAGAGAUUGGUGCAAGCAUCACCUUUAGUGGCCUGAUUUUCUCCGUGAAACUCCCAUUCAGCAAAUUUGGCAACAACACAGAAGGACAGUGUGGAACAUGUACAAAUAAUGUAUUAGAUGAAUGCCGCUUACCAAGUGGUAAGAUCAUUUCUUCCUGUCCUCAAAUGGCUCAUCACUGGAUCGUCGAUAACAACAAGUCAUGCCAUGGAUUACCAAUACCAACAGUACCAGUAACCACACCUCCACCAAAGCCUCAGUGUAAAACGCCCCAUCUCUGCAAGCUUAUCUGGAGCGAGACUUUUGCAGAAUGCCAUUCUGUGAUACCACCAGAACCGUUUUUCAAAGGCUGUGUUUUUGAUGGAUGUCGCAUGCCAGAGGAAUCCAUGCAGUGUUCCAGUUUGGAGAUGUAUGCUACAGAGUGUGCUGCCAGAGGCGUCUGCAUUGACUGGAGAGGAAAGACCAACAAUACAUGCCGAUACAACUGUCCAGCAAACAUGGUAUACAAGCCAUGUGGAUCAAUUAAUCCUGCUACCUGUGACCCAAGUGUUGUUCAUCUUCCUGGCUACGGAGUAACUGAAGGAUGUUUCUGUCCUGAAGGAAAGACACUCCUGAGCGAAGGCAGCAGCAUCUGUGUCUCUGAAUGCUCUUGCAGUGAACCAAAUGGAAUAUCCAGACAGCCUGGAGCUUUCAUUCCAUCGGGCCCCUGUGAAGAAUGCACUUGCUCUGAAUCCUCUUACUCAAGCCCUUACCACGCUACGGUCAGGUGCGAGCCUGUUUUCUGUGACACAUACUGCCCAGCGGGUUAUAAGUACACACAGAAACCUGGAGAGUGCUGUGGCACGUGCAAGCCAGCAGCUUGUAUAGUGACAGUGGGAGACAACAUUACACGUGUGCUUCAGGUUGGAGAAUACUGGAACUCACCUGAUGAUAACUGUACAACUUAUACAUGUGAAAAAUAUGAUGACCAGUUCAUUCAAGUUGCCUUACAGAAAAGCUGUCCUCCCUUUAACCCUGAUGACUGUGAUCCAGAUGACAUCAAGUUAUCGGACGAUGGCUGCUGUAGAGAGUGCCAAGUAAAACUGAAGAGUUGUAUGAAGCACAAUACUACUACUGUCAUCAACUAUCAUGGAUGUGUAUCUCCUGCACCUGUUGAGAUGACAUACUGUGAAGGCAGCUGUGAUGCUUACUCACGGAGUUUGGGCUGGAACAACCCCCUGCCCUUGUGCAACAAGGCACCACAAACAAAAUCACAGGCUUUCCACCCCAGAACAACUAAUCCAUCUCAGCAAGGAGCCCAGACUGAAAUCCCACAGGAAACAGGAACCAACUACAUGCAGGUUCUUCAGCAGAACCAAAACUCUUCUGCUACAGUUUUAUCUAAGAUGAACAUCAUCCAGACAAUGCUGACAAAUCCAAUAAUAAGACCUUCCAAUCCUGCUCACAAUGGCCGUGUGUGCAGCACAUGGGGGAACUUCCACUUCAAGACCUUUGAUGGAUACAUAUUCUCCUUCCCUGGGCUCUGCAAUUAUGUUUUUGCAUCCCAUUGCAAUGCUCCCUAUGAGGAUUUCAACAUCCAGAUUAGGCGCAAAGUGGUGGAAAAUGCUCCAAAAAUCAACCGUAUCACCAUGAAACUUGAAGGUAUAGCUGCUGAACUAACAAAUGAUGUUGUCAUGAUCAACGGCAACAGAGUUCAACUGCCAUACAGCCAAUCUGGAAUUACAGUAGAGAAAAGCAGCAUUUAUGUGAAAGUUGCCAGCAAAAUGGGUAUUGUGUUAAUGUGGAAUAAAAAUGACAAUAUCCUGCUGGAACUGAAUGAGAAAUAUGCCAAUCAGACCUGUGGACUUUGUGGGGACUUCAAUGGUCUUCCAAUUUACAAUGAGUUCUAUUCAAACAAUAUUAAGAUAACAGCCUUGCAGUUUGGGCAUAUGCAGAAAAUGGAUGGCCCAACAGAACACUGUGAAGACUCCACUUCUACCCUGCCGGAUAAUUGCACUGAUAAUAUUGAUGACAUAUGCCAGAAAACAUUGACCAGCUCUGCAUUUGCAGAGUGUAAUGACCUAGUUGACAUUAGGGAGUAUAUUACAGCUUGCCAAGAUGACUUAUGCCACUCUGAAAACUCUAAAAACACCUCAUGUAUUUGUGACACCUUUGCUGAAUACUCUCGGCAGUGUGCUCAUGCUGGUGGGCAUCCUCUGAACUGGAGAACCUCAACACUGUGCCCUAAGAGUUGUCCUUACAACAUGCAGUACCAGGAGUGCGGCUCCCCUUGUGCUGACACAUGCACCGAUCAUCAACGAUCUCAGUUUUGCGAAGAACACUGUAUGGAUGGUUGUUUCUGCCCGCCAGGGACUGUAUUUGAUGACAUCAACAAUUCUGGCUGCAUUCCCCAUCAGCAGUGCUCCUGUGUUUACAAUGGCAACAUCUACGCUACAGGAGCUUCUUUUUCAGAGCAGUGUCAUUCCUGUACCUGCAAUGGAGGCCAGUGGAGUUGCCAAGACACGUCAUGCCCAGGAACAUGUUCAAUAGAGGGAGGUUCGCACAUUACUACAUAUGAUAAAAAGUAUUACGAUCACCAUGGAGACUGCACUUAUGUCUUUUCUAAGGACUGUAAAGAUGAAACCUUCACCAUCCUGGCAGAACUACGCAAAUGUGGCAUGACAGACACUGAGACAUGCUUAAAGUCAGUGACCCUCAACGUGAAUAAAGGACAAACUAUCAUCGAGGUCAAAUCUGACGGUCGUGUGACUGUGAACGCGGUCUAUACCCAGCUGCCCAUUUCAGCAGCUAACGUCACUGUGUUCAGCCCUUCAUCAUUCUUCAUCAUCAUGCAGACAAACUUUGGCAUCCACCUGGAAAUCCAAAUCAUACCCAUCAUGCAAGUGUUUGUGCAGCUGGAUCCCAUUUUCAAAGACCAGACCUGUGGUCUCUGUGGAAAUUUCAAUAACAUCCAAACAGAUGACUUCAAGGCCAUAAGUGGAAUAAUUGAAGGAACAGCAACAGCAUUUGCUAAUACGUGGAGAACUCAGGCUUCGUGCCCUAAUAUCCAGCCCAGUUUUGAGAACCCUUGUGCACUCAGCAUUGAUAAUGAAAUGUAUGCUCAGCAUUGGUGUGGACUACUAACUGACAGCAAAGGACCUUUUGCUGAUUGUCACUAUGCAGUGAACCCUUCUGUUCACCACACGAACUGCUUGUUUGACACAUGUAACUGUGAAAAUAGUGAGGACUGUCUGUGUGCAGCCCUGUCUUCCUAUGUGCGAGCUUGUGCUGCAAAAGGAAUCCAGCUGCAUGGAUGGAGGACUGAUGUCUGCUCAAAAUACACCACGAUGUGUCCUGAAUCCCUAAGCUACAGCUAUACCAUCUCUUCCUGUCAACCCACUUGUCGGUCCCUGAGUGAGCCUGAUGUCACAUGCAACAUUAAGUUUGUUCCAGUUGAUGGCUGCACCUGCGUAAAUGGUACCUACAUGGAUGAGAGUGGCAAAUGUGUGCCUCCUAGUGAAUGCCCCUGCUACUACAGAGGAUCUCCCAUACCAUUUGGAGAAGUUGUCCAUGAAAAUGGGAUUGUAUGCACUUGCACCCAGGGAAGACUGCAUUGCAUUGGAACAACCGAUCCAACUUCAGCCUGUGAAUCUCCUAGGGUCUACUUUGACUGUUCAAACACCACUGCAGAAACAACUGGAGCAGAAUGUCAAAAGAGUUGCCAGACUCUGGAUAUGCAGUGUUAUAGCACACAAUGUAUAUCUGGCUGCGUGUGCCCAGCUGGGCUCGUGUUAGAUGGGAAUGGUGGUUGUAUUCCUGAAGAGGAAUGUCCGUGUAUUCACAAUGAAGCCACAUAUCAGCCCGGGGAAAAGAUCACUGUUGACUGUAACACCUGUGUAUGCAAGAAUAGGAAGUGGGAAUGCACCAAAGAUCAAUGUCUGGGCACUUGUGCUGUUUAUGGAGAUGGUCAUUACAACACCUUUGAUGACAAAAGGUUCAGCUUCAAUGGAAACUGUGAAUACACACUAGUCCAGGACCACUGUGGGAAGAGUGGCUCAGCCAAUGGCACCUUCAGGGUUAUCACUGAAAAUAUUCCCUGUGGCAACACUGGAACAACUUGCUCAAAAUCUAUCAAAGUUUUCCUAGAGGGCUAUGAGCUGAUACUUGGUGAGGAGCAUGUCAGUGUCAUAAAGAGAGGACAAAAUGAUGAAGUGCCAUAUACAGUCCGCUAUAUGGGUAUGUACUUGGUAAUCGAGACCACAAGCGGACUGAUCCUCAUGUGGAACAGGAAAACCAGCAUCUUCAUCAAGCUCAGCCCUGAUUUUAAGGGCCAGAUCUGUGGCCUCUGUGGAAAUUAUGAUGGCAAUGGCAUCAAUGACUUUACUACCAGGAGUCUGUCUGUGGUAGAGAAUGUCCUAGAGUUUGGAAACAGCUGGAAAGUAUCCCCUACAUGUCCUGAUGCUUACAACAUAAAGGACCCAUGUUCUACCAACCCUUAUCGAAAGUCCUGGUCAGAGAAGCAGUGCAGCAUCAUCAACAGUGACGUCUUUGCUGCCUGUCACUCUCAGGUUGAACCAGCAAAAUAUUACCAAGCAUGUGUGACAGAUGCUUGCGCGUGUGACACUGGAGGAGACUGUGAUUGCUUUUGUACAGCAGUAGCUGCCUAUGCUCAAGCAUGCAGUGAAGUUGGUGUCUGCAUAGCCUGGAGAACCCCAUCAAUCUGUCCACUGUUCUGCGAUUACUACAAUCAACAAGGGGAAUGCAAUUGGCACUAUAAACCUUGUGGCGCUUCCUGUAUGAAGACCUGUAGGAACCCAAGUGGAAAAUGCCUCCAUGACUUUCCAGGUUUAGAAGGCUGCUACCCUAACUGCCCACCAGACAAGCCAUAUUUUCAUGAGGAUCAGAUGAAGUGCGUCAGUCUCUGUGACUGUUAUGAUACUGAAGAUGGCAAGAUAUACAGACGGGAUGAAUGUCUUUUAUGUGAAUGCACAUCAGAAGUUUUACAGUGCAAGUUUGAUGAUCAAGCAUGCCACUGCAUUUAUGAAGGGAACAGCUAUAACUAUGGCGACCUUAUCUACAACACCACAGAUGGAACUGGAUGGUGUUUCAGUGCAACAUGUGAUGUCAACGGAACAAUAAACAGAAAUAUCUUUAAAUGUGAUAUUGAUACAACAACCACCCCGUUUACAUUUUCUACAAGUCAGUCCACAACUACUACUUCAG